CAUCAUCAAGCACAACGGAUAACAGGUUCGACACGCGAGCUUCUUCAAUGGCCCUCAAGCCACUUUCAAGGAGCGCGGUCAUGCUUUGUCCAGAUGCUCAUGGAUGAGCCAUCUCUGUGCCCAACGCGGUCAUGCCAUCCGCAAUAGACUUUACCUUUACCCUAGUCGGAGAUCCCCGCCGCGGUUGGGUGUCGCAUGAUGCGUCGUUCCGUAGCUUCGCUCGGACGCGUCGCUGUUUGCCAUCAGCCACCACCUUUACUGACGCUUCACUGUAGCUAUCUAGCUCUUGGAACACCCUAUUGCAUCUAUAUAUUACUCAGAUACAAGCAGUAGCAAGAUGCGUCUCCAAGCUGCCCUCGUAAGCCUUAUCUCCGUCGCCUCAGCGUCCAACCUGCCAUCACCCCAGCACUUCUUCGCGAAUUCGUCCUCCAGCGAUGGAUCCGGCUUUAAGAUUCCAACGGUCCACGAGUCUGCCGUCCAAGCUCGCAGGAUCAUGCGCCUAGAGAACAUCGGCACCUUAUCUACUGUCUUCCCAGAUUCUCACAUCACUGAGCAACGACCUUCGGAUGUCGGCGGCGCGCCCAUAGGCCUGAUGGACUACUUCGGUGAUUGCGAGUCCGACUCAGGCAACCCGACCAUUCUCGCCAUCACCAUCGCGACCUCCUUCAAGAACGUAGAUGCCGGCUCCAACAUCACCCUAAGCAUGCGAUGGCACCCCCAGGACAACAAGUGGCGCAGCCCAGCAUCGCUCCCUCGCUUCUCGCUCGUCGGCCGUCUUGAGGACAUUGAUAUGGAUGCUGUCAAGAAGCUGGGUGUGACGGCUUGCUAUGUCAAGAAGCACCCGGAUGCUGCGUGGUGGCUGCCGGGCAAUAGCAUUCAUGAGAGCAAGUGGGUGCGUCUCGUUGUCGAGGAGAUAUACUGGAUCGGAGGCUUCGGAGAUCGUGCAUACAUUGGAUGGAUUCCCAAGGAUGAAUGGUACAGCGUUACUCAAGAGGAGAUUGAUGGCGUUCAGCUGCCUGGAGAGAAGCAAAGUGUCUGGAACACUCUCGGAAGCUGGUUCGGAAUGGGUCAGCAAGAGGAUGGAGCGUUUGAGCUCUAGAUUGAUUAAUGAGAAACAGGGCAUGAUACUGCUUGGCACCUUCACAUGUGGAUCAUGUAAGGUGACUUAGCUGGACUUCAAUACACCCCAUGGGGUGCAGACCAUGACUUCUAGUGCUCUUCCAUAUGGUAUCCGUUUGGGCCAUCACGACAGGUAUUCAUACGCUACCUUUAGCUGACUCUGGCUACUUGUAUGUGCAGCGAGAUCAUAUCGAGAUACGAGACCUGAUUCCCUUCCUUAAAUUGUUCGAACCACCCGAUAGUCGAAGCUUUAUUUAGCUUUCACGUGAAUAAAGUUCCCGAAAUUGGCAAA